AUGGCCACCGUGACUGAGGAGGUUGCUCCGGCCGUCGCCGUCGCCGAGGAGCCGUCGCCGGAGAAGGCGAAGGAGGUGGUGGAGACGCCGGAGAAGAUGAUCAAGGAGGCGAUCCUGUCGCAGGACGGCGGCAAGGUCGGGGCGAGCCCGUACGCGAUCGCCAAGCACAUGGGGGAGAAGCACCGGGACGUGCUCCCGCCCAACUACCGCAAGGUGCUGGCCGUGCAGCUGCGCGGGUUCGCCGCCAAGGGCCGCCUCGUCAAGGUCAAGGCCUCCUUCAAGCUCGCCGCGGCCGAGGAGAAGAAGGCUCACGCGGCCGCGAAGACGAAGAGGGCUGCCUCGGCGCCGACGCUGGCCAAACGCAACAGGCCCGCGGCCGCCGCCGCCGCGCCGGCCAAAAAGAAGACGGCGCCCGCCGCAGCUGCGCCCAGGGAGGCACGGAAGGCGCGCGCCAAGCGCGCGAGGAAGGUGGCCCCGGCGCCCGCGCAGCCCAAGCCCAAGUCCGCCCGUGCCGCCGCCGCCGCUGGCAAGAAGGCCAACAAGGCCAGCGCCUGA